AUUUGUUCGGGGCGAGGGAGAGCAUUGCCCGAGUAGGAAGGAUGUGCCAGGAAUUUCCCUGGGAUUGACAGGCGCGAGAGGAUCGACUGAGAGGGAAAUCAGGGCGAUCGGUGGCGAGGUGUCAGGUUGCGGCGAUGCGGUCGUAGUGGUACGGAAUAGCAAAAGGAUCGUGGAGGAUAUAGGAAUGUGAUUAUGGAGGAAAGAGCAGAGCUGUGCAAUGUGCAUGGGUCGCAGGGGAACAGGUAGGAUCUGGUGAGAGAAAGCGGUGCGUUGCGAGGGAGACGCGGGUUGUCCGUGAAUGGAUUCGCGUCCCAUGCGAUGCGAUCGUCUAUGUGCCUGUCUUGAUGUGCUGCGGUCUUUUUUUCGAGAGUUUAGAACCUGCUGAACGUCCGGAUUCUGGUUGAAGCUCGUAUGCUUCGUUGGUUCUUUCUCUCGGGUUUCUGGAAUAGGAGAAGAUGGGAUUGCCGCACAUGAGGAAUGCCGAACAUGUUUCGUCAGGUCAUGAACAAUACAGGAGCUGAUGACUGAGGUGAGAACUGAAGUUUCUCUCCUCAGGAAGAAUGUCUUGGUAUCCGGAUAUCGCCAACACUGGAUUCUGUGAGACUUUGAGACUGCGGAAAAUAAUUCUUGAAAGGCAGCGUUUGCCAAGAAGUACACGUCCUCCUGUUUUGGAACCUGCCAGUGCAGAAUUUUUGUCUGCACUGGCUGCAGGGAGCAAUUCUCGGCAUAUAUUGCAAAUUGGUUGUGGACUGUCAACGAUAGCUCUGGCGGCAGCUGCUAAGGCCACAGGCACUUGUCUUAUUUCUGUCAACAGUGACCAGUCACAACAAGAUAUUGUACAGCGCCACAUAAAGGAAUUGGGUCUGGAUGAUUAUGUCGAGUUUUUCUGUGAAGAGCCUCUCGACUUUGUACCUUCUAGGGAAAAUGUGGAUUUUGUUUUUAUAACAGGUGAUGCCACUGUCUACAUUCAGAUUUUCGACCUUUUGCACCUCAAAUCAGGAGCUAUUGUCGUUGCUGAUUUCGCGUUGUCUGACUCUACCAAUGAGUAUAUAAAACAUGUACGGAAGCAACCUGGUGUGGAUUCUUCCACGCUCUUCGUUGGUCGAGGGAUAGAAAUCACAAAAAUAACUUCUUGGGAGCAGUUCAAAGCCGGGAGGAAGCGAUAUACUGGCCCAAGUGACGACAGCGACGGACUUGAUUCGUUCACGAAAGCUCGAAAAUCGGUUCAGACAACCAUAUCCAAUGCAUCAUCUUCCACUGCCCUUUAUUCUAGUAAGGGAUCCAGCAGCAUCGGUUUGUCACGUACAAGUUCUGAGGCUGUACUGCCAACGAAGGCCAAAAAUACGAAAGAAGUUGAGAAAACCAGUUCUAUUGCCACUCAGACUAUGUUAUCUUCUCUUGCUGAUCUACAAGGAUCGAAUCUCGCUGAUCUAGUAAUACAAGCUACGUCUAAUAUAAGUCCUGAGGCAAUUGCUGGACUUGAGUUGAAUGAAACACCAGACACGACUGCGGCUCCUACAACCAGUAUGGAAACCUCCACUGCCCACGUAAUUACAGUCCUGACUACUAGUAACCUGCUAUCUCUAAAGUCGUUAAGCGCAGUGGAGUCAAAGCCAUCUGUCCGGGUGCAUUUUAAGAACGAUAAUUUUCAAACAGAGAUCACAAUUGAAGGAGAAGACCAGGACAUGCUUCUCACUGACAUCACUUUGGCUUUCAGUGAAGCUGCCGUUAGUGUGCGGAGAGCCAAGAUUGCGACUCAAGAUAAGUACAUAGAAGACGUAUUUUAUGUCGUUGAUACGGAAAGUCAGAAGCCACUACAAGCUUCACAGUUCGACACUUUUAAGGAAAAGCUAUUCAAGAGAAUCGCCGAUCGAAAGCAGACCAGACGACGAGAAGGAGGUGACUUGUGGUUGAAGCUACCCGAGGUGUACUAGAGCUGAGUUGAGCUUGAGUAGGAAUUGCAGUGCAAUGGGUUCGUCCUCUGGUUAUCACCUGCACUGCACUACUCCGGAGUGCACUGUACUGGACCUGAUCGGUGUGCCACAGAAGACUCCGUGGGCAUUCUGGAGUCCUGGAAUCCUCGAACUCGUGAAACUGUGCUUCGUAAGCACAAUAUCACGUGGUGUCACAUGUGCUUACGAAGCACAUGUGACAUGACACCAAGAAGUUCGCCGAGGGUAGCUGAAGCGUAGUACAGCGCAGCUGUACGAGUUUAUCUUAUGUGGUGUCAGAUCACUAAUGUAAGAAUGGUACGAAAUCUUAGAGGGCGACAGCAGUAAAGUACACACAGUAGUUGACAUUCUGUAGUACGUGUCACCUCACUACUGUCAUGUAGCGUUCAUCGGCAAACCUGACCGUGGGAGCCUGGGGUGAAAGCAAGUAGCCUGGCUUGUGGAUUCGAGUACUGGAGUCAGUAAAAUGUUUUGUAGUCAUUGGAAGAUGACAGAAAUGUUUUUAGCGGAUGGUGGACGCAGGAUCAGAACCACGUCUAGGGUUGAUGUUCGAACUGACCAACUAUUUCAAGUUGAUGCGGAUGGGCUGCGUUGUUUUGGGCGUGCGUAUUUGCAAUGGCAUUCUAAUUCCAUACUUCUCAAGAUGGAUGGAACUUAGUUAUAGGCAAAAGAUUAGCUUCAUGUGAAGUCAUGUUAAACAUUAAACUUGAUUUCACCUUUGAUUUAGCUAAAUAUUUCGUUCAAUGUGAAC